UUGUUUGAAGAAGGGAAGAAGUUUGCAGGUCAUUUCUUCAUCUUCCUCUGAUUUGUUCUUCCCAGUUCCUCGUCCUCCUCUCUCUUCGUCUCAGAUCAGCUCCAUCAUGUCUGAGUGCAGCUUCUCUCAGGACGAUGACUCCUCGUGUCUCCUCUCGCGCCUCGGCUCAGCGUCUCCUCGGCCUCGGAUGAAGUAUGGUGGGAUGUUCUGCAGCGUUGAAGGAGCGUUUGAGAACAAAACACUCAACUUUGAGUCGUUCACUCCACGAACACAGCGACGGCGAGCUGAUGAUGGGGGAGGACACACCCGAGAAAACUACGGCAAGAGAGAGGGCGACCGUCUGCUGGUCAAAGGAGGAAAAAUCGUCAACGACGACCAGUCGUUCUAUGGCGACGUUUACGUGGAGGACGGCGUCAUCAAACAGAUCGGUGAGAACCUGAUCGUCCCGUCCGGAGUGAGGACGGUGGACGCGUACGGUCAGCUGGUCAUUCCAGGGGGCGUCGACGCCAACACCAGCCUGCAGGGGGCGACGAGAGGCAUGAGCCCAGCUGACGACUUCACUCGGGGAACCAGGGCGGCGCUGAGGGGCGGGACCACCACCAUCAUUGACCACCUGCUGGUUGAACCAGGUACUAGUUUACUGACUGCGUUUGAUCAGUGGAAGGAGACGGCGGAGGAAACGUCGUGCUGCGACUUCUCUCUUCACCUGGACGUCGCACGCUGGCACGACGGCCUGCAGGAGGAGCUAGAGACACUCGUCAAAGACAAAGGUGUGAACUCCUUCCUCUUCUUCAUGACGUACAAAGAUAAAUAUCAGAGCUCAGAUUCUCAGCUCUACGAGGCGUUCGGGGUCCUGCGGGAUCUUGGAGCGAUCGCACAGGUUCACGCUGAGAAUGGUGACAUCAUUGAUGAGGAGCAGAAGAAGGUUCUGUCUCUGGGCAUCACUGGACCUGAAGGACACGUGUUGUCUCACCCUGAGGAGGUGGAGACGGAGGCCGUAUAUCGAGCCAUCACCAUCGCCAAACAGGCCAACUGUCCGCUGUACGUUACCAAGGUGAUGAGCAAAUCUGCUGCUGAUGUCAUCGCUAACUCCAGGAAGAAAGGUAUCGUCGUGUACGGUGAGCCAAUCACAGCCGGCCUCUGCACUGACGGCUCUCAGUAUUGGUCCAGAGAUUGGGCGACAGCGGCGGCGCUGGUCAUGAGCCCGCCCCUGAACCCCGACCCUUCAACUCCACACUAUCUCACCUCCAUGUUAGCAUGCGGCGACCUGCAGGUGGCGUCGAGCGCUCACACCGGCUUCUCCACGUCUCAGAAAGCUGUGGGAAAAGACGACUUCACUCUGAUCCCCGAGGGCACGACGGGCAUCGAGGAGAGGAUGUCUGUGGUGUGGGACAGAGCUGUGGCCACAGGAAAGAUGGACGAAAACGAGUUUGUCGCAGUGACGAGCACCAACGCUGCCAAAGUCUUCAACAUGUACCCGAGGAAAGGUCGUGUCUCAGUGGGAGCAGACGCAGACCUCGUCGUCUGGAACACCAAAGAGACUCGAACAGUUUCUGCAAAGACUCACAGUCUGAAUGUGGAGGUGAACAUCCUGGAGGGUUUGGAGUUCCGCGGUGCUGCGUCUGUGGUGAUCAGCGGAGGACGAGUUGUCCUGGAGGACGGAAAUCUGUCCACGGCUGCAGGGUCAGGACGCUUCGUCCCCAGGAAGGCGUUCCCUGACGCCGUCUACAAGAGGAUCAGAGCUCGCAGCAAGAUGGCGGAGGCGCGCGGCGUCCCCCGUGGAAACUACGAUGGUCCGGUCCAUGAUGUCAUCAGCAUGACGAAGUCUGUCCCUCCCACUCCGACCAGCAGAGGGACCCCGUGUGCCAAAACCCUGAGCGGCCCCCGGAACCUUCACCAGUCAGGAUUCACUCUGGCAGGAGCUCAGGUCGACGACCAUAUCCCCCGCCGCUCCACUCAGAGGAUUGUGGCGCCUCCUGGUGGAAGAUCCAACAUCACGUCUUUGUCUUAGAGCGGGAGGUCGCGCUGACACCAGAGGUCAAAGGUCACAUGUGUCACUGAGAGGGAGCUGACCUCAGACUGUAAAUAACAAACGGACGUAGUUAGUCUUGUGGUUUGAAAAGUGAAGGAAGUAGCAUGUAGCCACCAGGGGGCGACAGAAAAACCUUUAGUGCUUUAAACAGCUGCAGAAGAACACACUCUUAACUCGUCUUUAACUUAACCACAGUUUGUGUAAACGACUUAGUUAGUGAUCAACGCGGAUCACCAACUCAACCUAGAACUAGUUCAUUUAAAGGGACACAAGUGUUAAAUCUGCAACGUCUACGUCACAUGACCACGUCUUUAUCUCACUGUGAGACACACACGCACACACACACACACACACACACACACUCACUCUCCCACGCACACACACACACA